AUGGGGGACAACGAUGCAAAGCCAAGUGGCGAAGAGUUAGAGAAACAGCCACCUUUUCCCUUGACCGAGGUUGAUAAAUGGGUUCUAUCACAAACGGACGAGGAGUUUCAUCUUCACGAUUGGGAUGAAUUGAGGAAUAUCGUUGCUGCCAAUGCUCUCGAGACACUCAAACGCAAACCAUCCGACCUCCGCCGCUACAUGGCCUGGUCCCACGAAAUUAAGGGCCAAUAUGGAAGCAUGACCAACUACAUCCUGCAGCACCGGCUUUUGUGGGGUCCGCCACCCUUCAAAUACAUCUCCUCAAUUCCCUUUCACAAGUCAUCAGACUACAAGAUUCUCCUCAACGAUUGGCCCUACGGUCUCACUUCAGACACCACUCAUAUUGUGGUUUGGUCCAAGACGCCGAUUGCUACGGAUGAUAUGAAUGGAGAUGUGACGCACGAGAGUAGGAAGAUCAUCCAGGAGUUUGUGUAUAGGACUUUUGUGAAGAGAUUGAGUGGAGAUAGUUAUCGGGUUAUAUGGUUCAAGAAUUGGGUGCGGCUGCAGAGCGUUAGGGCUUUGGAGCAUGUACAUGUUUUGGUGAAGGAUGCGACGAAAGAGGAUCUGGAGUUCUGGACUGGAGAAAAGGUGUAG